AUGGCUGCACAAAUUCCAGAAUCUGAUCAGAUAAAACAGUUUAAAGAAUUUCUUGGAACCUACAAUAAACUUACAGAAACCUGCUUUUUGGAUUGUGUUAAAGACUUCACAACAAGAGAAGUAAAACCUGAAGAGACCACCUGUUCAGAACAUUGCUUACAGAAAUAUUUAAAAAUGACGCAGAGGAUAUCCAUGAGAUUUCAGGAAUAUCAUAUUCAGCAGAAUGAAGCCCUGGCAGCCAAAGCAGGACUCCUUGGCCAGCCACGAUAG